AUGGCUUCACACGAAAAUCAACCUCUACUAUCACCUUCGUUCUCACAGACCGACAGCACCAAAACCUCCGUCGAGAGCGAUGAUGCACAACUUCCUCACGAGCCAAUCCGCUCCAUCGAGGACGAUGUACUGCCAGAAACCUCGACGCUAGGGCGAACGAUCUCGUGGUCCAGUGCGUACAUCCUCGUCAUCUCACGUGUUAUCGGCAGCGGCAUCUUCGCAACGCCUGGCGUCAUUGUGAAGGCUGUGGGAAGUGUUGGCCUCAGUCUCUCGCUAUGGGUGCUCGGCGCAGUCAUUGCAGCUUGCGGGCUUGCUGUUGCUCUAGAGUACGGUUGUAUGCUACCUCGAUCUGGUGGCGAGAAGGUCUACCUGGAAUUCACAUAUCGAAAGCCUCGUUACUUGGCCAGCACACUCAUGGCUGUUCAGGCGGUACUUCUAGGUUUCACAGCCAGCAAUUGCAUCGUCUUCGCUCAAUAUACGCUUUAUGCGUUCGACAUCGAGCCUACCGACUUCCUCCGCAAAAGUCUGGCUGUGGGACUGCUCACUGCAAUUACUAUCGUCCACGGCUGUUUCAGGAAGACAGGCAUUGCGAUACAAAAUUUUCUCGGCUGGAUCAAGGUCGGUCUGGUAGUAUUUAUGAUCUUCUCUGGAUUGUUCGUCGUUGUCUUUAAACCUCAAGGGCUUGACGGGCGACGUAGCCAUUUUCCGGCUGGGGCAGAUGUAUGGAAAGAUACCGAGUGGGGUUGGGGUACCAUCUCGACAGCGCUUUUCAAAGUGUUCUACUCGUACGCAGGGCUCAACAAUGUGAACAACGUCCUUAACGAGGUCCGCAAUCCGGUUCGAACGCUGAAAUCGGUUUCAAUAACUGCGCUUGUCACAGCAUGCAUCUUGUACUCUUUGGUCAACAUCGCGUACUUUAUUGUUAUACCCCUGGACGAGAUCAAAGAAAGCAAGGAGCUGAUUGCAGCGUUGUUCUUUGAAAAGCUAUUCGGAGCCACCAUAGGUAAAGUUAUAUUGCCGCUUGCAGUAGCUUUGUCAGGCGUUGGUAACGUUAUGGUUGUCACUUUUGCGCUGGCUCGACUCAACCAGGAGAUUGCACGGCAAGGGUUUUUGCCUUUUCCGGAUCUGCUAGCAUCUUCGAAGCCGUUCAAUGCCCCUCUUGGCGGUCUUGUCGUCCACUAUAUUCCCUCUCUGCUGGUCAUCGCUCUUCCACCGUCAGGCGAGGUGUAUUCCUUCAUUCUUGAGGUCGAAGGCUAUCCGGGCCAGAUCUUUGCGUUAGCAACGUCAGCUGGUUUACUCUGGCUCCGCUAUUCAAGGCCCGAUCUCAAGAGGCCGUUCAGAGCUUGGAACUCGGCUGUAGUGCUGCGCAUCGCUCUUUGCCUUGCCCUACUAGCUGCGCCAUUCUUUCCGCCAGCGAAUCAGAAAGACACAGGCAUGUGGUACGCAACGUACGCCGUGGUCGGAAUCAGCGUUAUUGCAUUUGGGUUUGUCUACUGGUAUGUGUGGCUCAAGCUGCUUCCCAGAUGGAGAGGUUACCGGGUAGAAGAGAAAGCUGGUGUCUUGGACGACGGUACAACUAUCACCCAGUUGGUUCAUGUAGCUAUAUGA